AUGAGUUAUUAUAAUCCUUCAAAUAACCAAAUAGGGUUUUCCAGCUACAACCUGACUCCAAUACACCAGCGCCAACCAAUAAACAUCAAUGGACUUCCACAACAAUUGACCCUGGGUUCGAGCCAUACAAGCGAUCUGACAGCACCAAACUCAUCGGCCACAAAUGUGACACAUCACAAUCAUCUUGGAGUCCAUCUGAGCCAAGAUAGGCGUACCCCCGGAUUAGGACCUGAGACCUCAGUCGGAACUAUAUCAUCAGGACCGGAAUUGACCCCUGCGGCUGCCAAAGAGCAGCGCAAAGAACGCAAGAACCGGCCGGGCCAGCGAUUUGGCGCGAAAAAAAAGUCGUGGGUGUGGACGUGGUUUAUUCAAGAUUCUCAAGACCCAAAUGUGGCUGCUUGUGACUAUUGUGGCAAGAUAAUUACCAGACUCUCCUCGGAUAAAGGCUCGCCUAAAAAAUUAACCGAGCACUUGAAAACCCACAAGCUCACGCGUGACUCCAUAAACAACUCUCGUGCCAUACCUAUCGACGGGAACGGCGUCACUUAUGCCCCUAAUGGAAUGCCUAUGUCUUAUGAAAAUACCCAACCAGAUCUCCACCACACUCAGGUGAGACACCAACAACCGCACCUGCAUAUGCGCCACGACCCAACCCCAACCGGUCAUUCCGGUCAUGAUCACGUGCUCGAUGCCAGCUCGUUGUCACACUUGACACCAGUGCACCAGGACCCUGCAUCGAUAGCGAUGGGUGCAAGUGCACAUAGAGGGUCUAAAAAACGACAAUAUGUCGAUAGUCUGACGGUGCCAUUGGUUCCGGUAUCUAGCAACAUGGCGCAGGCGCCAAAUGUGGCUUUUGGAAGCCGCAGGUUUUUAUCGGCGGAAUUUGAUAAUUCUCCAUAUACCGCCAUGAAGUUCCACAAGCACUUGAUGAAAUUUUUGACGGAAAACAAAUUGUCGAUCAAUGUCAUCAAGUCGCAUUCCUUUCAGCAGCUAGUAUACGAUUUGCGGUCCGACUCAGUCACGGAAUUGUUGGAUUUGACAAAUCUUUAUUCUUCAUUGUUGGAAGUCAGUCGAAUAGAAAGUAACAGUGCUGAUGCUGGAAACAAUUCGGGUCCAGGAACGAAUGAGGCUUCGGUGGCCAACUCCUUGGCACAGGCUGUGGAACAGAAAGCUGCUGCUGCUGCUGCUGCUGGUCGGCGUUGA